ACUGCAGCUCCUGCUACAACAACUACAACUUCAGCUCCUACAACAACCACAACAACAGCACCUACUACAACACCUGCAGUUCCUACAACAGUAGCUCCCACGACCACUCCACCUGCUGUACUCCCUACAACAAUCACAACUACAGCUCCUGAUACAACAACUUUAGCUUCUACGUCAACCACAGCAGCUGCCUCUACGACAACCACAGCAGCUCUAACUACAACAAUUGCUGCUCCAACGACCACUACAACUCUAGAACCUAUUACGACAACUACUGCAGCUCCUGCAACAACAACUACAACAUCAGCUCCUACGACAACCACAACAACAGCACCUCCAACAACUCCCACAACGACUGCAGCUCCUACAAGAGCUUUAGCAUCUACGACAACCACUGCAGCCCUAACUACAACAACUGCAGCUCCUGCUACAACAACUACAACUUCAGCUCCUACGACAACCAUAACAACAACACCUCCAAUAACUGUAGCUCCCACGAUAACUGCAGCUCCUACAACAGCUUUAGCAUCUACGACAACCACUGCAGCCCUAACUACAACAACUGCUGCUCCUAUGACCACUACAGCUCCAGAACCUAUUACGACAACCACUGCAGCUCCUGCUACAACAACUUCAGCUCCUACGACAACCACAACAACAGCACCUCCAACAACUCCCACAACAACUACGACAACCACUGCAGCCCUAACUACAACAACUGCUGCUCCUAUGACCACUACAGCUCCAGAACCUAUUACGACAACCACUGCAGCUCCUGCUACAACAACUUCAGCUCCUACGACAACCACAACAACAGCACCUCCAACAACUCCCACAACAACUGCAGCUCCUACAACAGCUUUAGCAUCUACGACAACCACUGCAGCCCUAACUACAACAGCUGCAGCUCCUGCUACAACAACUACAAAUUCAGCUCCUACGACAACCACAACAACAGCACCUCCAAUAACUGUAGCUCCCAUGAUAACUGCAGCUCCUACAACAGCUUUAGCAUCUACGACAACCACUGCAGCCCUAACAACAACAAUUGCUGCUCCUACGACCACUACAGCUCCAGAACCUAUUACGACAACCACUGCAGCUCCUGCUACAACAACUUCAGCUCCUACAACAACCACAACAACAGCACCUCCUACAACAGCUUUAGCAUCUACGACAACCACUGCAGCCCUAACUACAACAACUGCUGCUCCUAUGACCACUACAGCUCCAGAACCUAUUACGACAACCACUGCAGAUCCUGCUACAACAACUACAACUUCAGCUCCUACGACAACCACAACAACAGCACCUCCAACAACUGUAGCUCCCACGACAACUGCAGCUCCUACAACAACUUCAGCUCCUACGACAACCACAACAACUACGACAACCACAACAACAACUCCAACAACUUCAGCUCCUACGACAACCACAACAACAGCACCUCCAACAACUCCC